AUGGUGUCGGUGCGAGUGCGAACCUUCACCCUACCACACUACCUCGCUUACCCCGUGCACGUUGGCCUGUUCACCGACGUUGCCAACGCCGCCUUCCUUCGCAGCCAGCUGCUCGACGCCAACCCGCAUUUCGACUAUGCAUUUCUAGAUGCAUCCAUGAUCAUCUCACCGCAGCACCUCCUCUCAGCUACCUUCCUGGCUCUGCACAACUUCCUGACCUCCCGCCCCAAGACUCGCACCCCUCACUCGGAACUGGUAUUCCGACUUUCUCCCAACAACAAUAUUGGCGAGUCGUAUAAGAAAUUUGGCAUCUCAGAUACCACUACCACCCUCAUCGCUGUCAAGCUGCCUCUCUCAACGUCCGGCCCAGAAGGCGUUUAUUCAAAGGAUGAAUCAAUCACUAAUGAAAGUGUGAGCAAACAUCUUGAAAGCGUCAUAGAGGGGGCUUGUGUGGAUAUCGGGGAGACGGGGGAGCAGCUGUCCAUGUCACGUGAUGUUGCAAAGAUAAGGAAAGUGUAUAAACUGGGUGGGGGAGACGGCGCAGGUGCAGGGAAGAAAGGGAGCAAGGGUGCUAUCGUAGAUGGACAUGGUAAUGGUGAGAAGAUGGAAGAUGAGAUAGCGAAGAUGGAAAGUGUGAUCCUCGGUAUUAUUGCUUUGAAGGGGUCGUGA